CUAGUGAGUCGCACUGCACAGGAAGUGUGUUGGCUGCAGUAGGGAGAGGAAGGCUCUUCCACAUCUCUGUUUGUUUAGUUUGUUUUGGAGUUUUUGUAUAUUUGUUAUUUGGACUUUUUUGUUAGUUUUUUGGUUUCUAAACCACCUAACAGCAGCUUAGUGCUGUCUGGAAGGUGGUUUUUUUUGUUUUUUCAGUGUUUAUUUUAUUUUAUUUUUGUAUAUUUUUAUUUUUUGGACGGACCCACGGUUAAAGACUUGGAAAUGGCAGGAGAAACAGGAAAGGAAAACAACAAUGGACUGGAUUACCGACAACGAGCUGGAAACAGAAAGGAUGGAGAAAUGAGGAAAAGUCUGGGGGAAAGGAAAUAUUUAAAAGAGGCAACUGUGAUUGUGGAAGUGGAUAAAGUGAAUGGAGUAAGAGCAGAGUAUGUAAUCAAAGCAGUAUCAGAGAGGAUUGGAGGAGGGAAAAUUUUGGCGGUGAGACCGAGACAAGGAAAAGAAUAUGAAGUAACAUUGGAGAAGGAGGAAACGUGUGAGGAAUUGAUGGAUGGGCUGACAAUAAAAGGAACUAACUGCGAGAUAAAAAAAUUGUAAAACAGAGAAUUUGUUGUUUCUUUUAUGCAUUUGCCCGUCUACCUGGAAGAUGAACAAAUUUUGGAGAAAUUGGAGGGUUGGGGGGUUUUCCCCAUUUCAGAAAUUAAAAGGAGGCUUUACACGGGCACUGAUAUUGAAGAUGGCACAAGGUAUGUCAAAGUGAGGUUCCCUAGAGAGGUGGUGUCCCUCCCGUAUAGCACGAAGAUGGAGACAGCAGAAGGGCAGCAGUAUUGCAGGGUAAUGCACAGCUGCCAGGUGAAAACCUGUAGGUUGUGCAUGAGCCCCGAGCAUCUGCUGAAAGAUUGCCCAGAUUUUAAAUGCUAUAAGUGCGGGGAAAAGGGACACUUUGCACGGGACUGCAAUACUGUCAAGUGCCCGGACUGCCAUGAGUUUUUAAUUAGAUGUGAGUGUUGGAUGGAAGAGGGGGAAGGAGGUGGAGACGACCAGGUGGACGGGCAGAUGCAUGAAAGGAACAACAAGGAAAGAAACAACGAAGAGGAGCAGGAAGCAGAGAAACCUCAACAAAAAGAAACAGGAGAGGAAUCAGAGAACGGAGAGGAAGGAGAAGGAGAAAAAGAGAACGAUAAGGAUAAGGAACAGACAACAAAGCAGGACACACAAUUGACUGAAAUGGAGAUAUCGGACAGUUUUAAAAGUUUUCUGGAUGAUGUGGCGAGAGAUGGACAAGGAAUAGAAGAUCAAAACAAAGAAACGGACAAUGAAGAAGAAGCAAGGACGGACAACAUGGAAGAAGACAGAGGGGGGAGAGGGCAAAUAAGAAGAAGAUCAUUAAAGGUAAAACCAAAUGUGGAAAAAGCAAGGAAAAAAAUAAUGACAAACAGAUAUGAAGUGUUAAGAGGUUUGGAGGGAGAAGAUGGAGAAUAAUGGCUUGUAGGGAUUUAUUUUUUUUUCUUUUUAUGGUUUUAAGUUGUGUU